UUCCAGCGUCACUUGCCUUAAGAGGAAAUGCAGAUCCAAGUGUAGUGUCAGUAGAGCAGCCAGUGGUUGCCAGACCUACAGCAAAGGAAGUGCCUAUGGUGUAACGGGUGAUUUGAAAGUCAACAAAACAGGCAGCAACACAAUGCUGCAGGUGGAAAUUGGGGGAAAAGGACAACAAAUUGAUGAGGACAAUGAAGGCUAAAGCCAACCAAGACAAGGCAUGAAUCUAGCACAUAGAAUCUCUCAAACACAAUAAACCUUAGAUAUGGAUGUGCUUUAUGAAGAGAACUCUGUGAAUUCAACAGCCAGUACCUCACUACAACUGAACCAAUACCAAGAACUCUACAGAAAUGCAUUUGUUUCUGGAGAACUGAAUGGAUCGCAUGUGGAUAAUCUGAGUUCGUAUUUCCAAGAUACAAUGAAUUGCUCUUGUAUAGGAGAAUCAGAUGCUCCUCACAACAUAUCAUUAAUUCUUCUUCUUGAGAGAAACUGGACUGCCCUACUAACAAUUAUUGUGAUUGUUUUAACCAUUGCUGGAAAUAUUCUUGUCAUCAUGGCUGUAUCGUUAGAGAAAAAGCUACAGAAUGCUACAAACUAUUUCCUGAUGUCACUCGCAAUAACUGACAUGCUCUUGGGUUUUCUUGUCAUGCCCAUAUCCAUGCUAACCAUACUAUACGGAUAUAAGUGGCCUCUGCCUAGAAACCUCUGUGCAGUGUGGAUCUAUUUAGAUGUGCUUUUCUCCACUGCCUCCAUUAUGCAUCUCUGUGCCAUUUCUCUGGAUCGCUAUAUUGCCAUAAGCAGCCCUAUUCAUCACAGCCGCUAUAAGUCGAGAACAAAGACAUUUGCAAAAAUUAUUCUUGUUUGGACUAUAUCAGUAGGUAUUUCAGUGCCAGUUCCUGUGUUUGGAUUACAUGAUGAUACAAAAGUUUUCAAGAAUGGAAGUUGCUUACUUGUGGAUGAUAAUUUUAUUUUAAUAGGCUCCUUUGUGGCAUUUUUUGUACCCCUUGUUAUCAUGGUGAUCACCUAUUUUUUAACCAUAAAAUCCCUCCAGAAAGAAGCUACACUGUGCAUCAAUGGUCUCAGUUCAAACAGCAAGAUUACUUCAUUCAGUUUCUUCCCUCAAAGUUCUCUUUCUUCAGGCAAACUCUUCCAGCGCUCUCUGAGCAAAGAACCUGGACUUUCUGGAAGGAGAACAUUACAAUCCAUUAAUAAUGAGCGAAAAGCAUCCAAGGUCCUUGGGAUUGUUUUCUUUUUGUUUGUUGUGAUGUGGUGCCCAUUUUUCAUUACCAAUGUGCUGGCAGUCACUUGCAAGGAGUCAUGCAAUGAAGAUGUAACUGGCGGCCUGCUUAACAUUUUUGUGUGGAUUGGGUACCUUUCUUCAGCUGUCAACCCGCUUGUAUACACACUGUUCAACAGAAGAUACAGGAGUGCUUUCUUACGGUACCUCCAGUGCCACUACAAAGAGAAAAAGAAACCACUGCAAUUGUUCUUAGUGAACACUUUCCCUGCUAUCGCAUACAAUUCAAGCCAACUUCAGUUAGCACAAAUUACACGGUUUAUAAAGGAGCCUAAGCUGAUGGCCAGGGAUGACUCAACAGUGAACAAUGAAAUUCUUAAUGUAGAUAGAACCCUAAAGAGCAAUGCCCGCGAAGUGCGUGAAAAGUUCAGCUGCAUGUAACCUCUUGUAUGAGGCCAUGCACAGCAACCAUGGCAAGGCCCUUUAGACAUUUUCACCAAAGCUUUGGUAGUACAGUAUAGGAAGAACAGCCCAAGCAAAGAGAACCACAAUUGGAUGAUGUAUCUAUCCUGCUAUGCUGUCAAUGGAAAUCUGAGUUUAAAUGCUAUGAAGUAGGCAGUAUGGCAGAACAGGGAUGAUGCAAACAUAUACAUAAUGCUUCAGGUAUGGAACAAAUUGUAUUAAUAUUUUUUAAAAAUGAACUGCAGGGUUUUCUAAAGAAACUAUUAUUUUUUAAAUAAUAUGAUAAUAUAAAUUGUG